ACACUGUCUCUAUCUCCAGCCGGAUUUCCAAACCCUCUCACCAAAAUUACCAGUCUACUUCGUCGUGGAGAAGAGAGCGCAAUCCGAAUUCAAUUUCAUUUUAACCGAACUGGAAAGGAGAAUAACUGUACUCCUUUUUUCCCAAUUUUUUAGUAUUGUAUUGGGGUUAAACAAAUCAAGAUUUUUUCCCUGUGUGUAAUUCCACAUUCCCAUCAUCUUUUGUGUCGAGUGUUGUUUUCUGAUCCCUGCAAUUCAAAGCAAUGAUGCAAAUUUUGCCUUAGCUUUCAUUGCAAUAUAUCGGGGUCCCACCAACUAAUUUUGAAACGGUCCAUCACUCGCUCUCUGACUCUUCACUCUCUUUCUCUCUCUUCCCCCCCAAGGCUCCUUCUAGUCCUUCAAAUAGCAAGUACAGUGUUGAUGAGGUUUCAGUAGAUAAGAGGAGAAGGAUUGGAAACACAAAAAUGCCGCCCAACACUGUGACAAGGACUCAAACUCGGCAAGCAUUUUCGGUAGUGAAUGGGGGCCAAGAUCUGCCUCCGACUAGUGGGCCUCCAAGCAAUUGUGGUUCUGAUUGUGGUGUAGUUGGGUUCACCAAAGAGGAUGUUGAAGCAUUGCUAAAUGAAAGGCUGAGAAUUAAGAAUAAAUUUAAUUACAAGGAAAAAAGUGAACAAAUGGCCGAAUACAUUAAAAGGCUUAAGCAAUGCAUCAAGUGGUUUCAACAGCUUCAAGAAAAUUAUAUUACAGAGCUGGAGAAACAGAAAAGUUUGUUGGAAUUAGCAGAAAAGAAGUGUAUUGAUAUGGAGUCUCUGAUGACGGCCAAGGAAGAUGAGUUGAAUUCAAUUAUUGUGGAAUUGAGAAAGAAUUUGGAGGCCCUGCAGGAAAAGUUUUCAAAGGAGGAGUUUGAUAAAUUGAUGCAGUCACUUAAUGAUAUGUACAAGCGGUUACAUGAGUACAAUGCAAGUUUGCAGCAGUACAAUAGUAGACUUCAAUCUGAAAUUCACACGACAAAUGAUGCACUCAAGCGUGUUGGGAAAGAAAAGGCUGCUGUGGUGGAAAAUCUGAGCGAGUUGAGGGGACACAAUACUUCACUUCAAGAGCAGCUUACUUUGUCACGAGCACUGCAUGAUGAGGCAAUUAAACAGAAGGAAGCUCUAGGCAGCGAAGUUGCAUGCUUGAGAGGUGAACUGCAAAAAGUAAGGGAAGACCGUGAUUGCCAGUUGUUACAGGUCCAGGCUUUAUCGGCUGAAUUAGUUAAAUACAAGGAAUGUACUGGAAAAUCCAUUGCAGAGUUGGAUAGCCUGACCACUAAGACAAAUGAACUGGAGUCAACUUGCUUGUCUCAAAGUGAGCAAAUAAGACGGCUACAGGAGCAGCUUGCUUUUGCAGAAAAGAGACUGCAGCUUUCUAAUAUGUCAGCAAUGGAAACAAGAUCUGAAUUUGAGGAGCAAAAGGCGUUGAUUCAUGAUUUAAAGAGUCGUCUGGCUGACGCAGAUUUAAAAAUUGUAGAAGGAGAGAAGCUUCGCAAGAAAUUGCAUAACACUAUCCUGGAGUUGAAAGGGAAUAUACGUGUAUUUUGUAGAGUGAGACCCCUGUUGUCUGAUGAUGGAGUUGGUACUGACACAAAAGUUGUAUCAUUCCCCACAGCGAUGGAAGUGCUGGGUCGAGGCAUUGAUUUGACACAAAAUGGGCAAAAGCACUCUUUCACUUACGACAAAGUGUUUAUGCCUGAUGACUCCCAAGAAGAUGUUUUUGUGGAGAUAUCACAGCUUGUUCAGAGUGCUCUUGAUGGCUAUAAGGUUUGCAUCUUUGCCUAUGGACAAACAGGUUCUGGAAAGACUUAUACAAUGAUGGGCAAGCCAGGACCACCAGAUCAAAAAGGUUUGAUUCCACGGUCACUAGAGCAGGUAUUUGAGACGAGGCAAAUUCUUGAAGCCCAAGGAUGGAAGUACGAGAUGCAGGUGUCAAUGCUCGAAAUAUACAAUGAAACAAUACGUGACCUGUUAUCCCCAAACAGAUCAAGCUUUGAUGCAACACGAUUAGAAAAUUCUGGAAAGCAGUAUGCUAUUAAACACGAUCCAAAUGGCAACACCCAUGUCUCUGAUCUUACAAUUGUGGAUGUUCGCAGUAGCAAGGAGGUGUCCUAUCUCUUAGACCGAGCAGCACAGAGCAGGUCUGUAGGCAAAACUCAAAUGAAUGAACAGUCUUCGAGGAGUCAUUUUGUCUUCACUCUGAGGAUAAUGGGUGUUAAUGAGAGCACUGAUCAACAAGUACAAGGUGUACUCAAUCUAAUUGAUCUUGCUGGUAGCGAGCGUCUCUCAAAGAGUGGGUCGACUGGGGAUCGGCUAAAAGAAACUCAGGCCAUAAAUAAGAGUUUGUCGUCACUGAGUGAUGUCAUAUUUGCUCUGGCGAAGAAAGAGGAGCAUGUGCCAUUUAGAAACUCCAAGUUAACCUACCUUCUCCAGCCUUGCUUAGGCGGAGAUUCGAAGACUCUAAUGUUUGUGAAUGUUUCACCGGAUCCCUCAUCCGUGGGUGAAUCACUUUGUUCACUGCGGUUUGCAGCAAGAGUAAAUGCUUGUGAGAUUGGGAUCCCAAGGCGUCAAACGAAUCUAAGAACUUCAGAUUCUCGUUUGAGCUUUGGCUAAAAUUUUGAUGGCAUGAUUAUUUUAGAUAUAGUGAAAGCGUGUUUGUAUCGUCAUGGCAUUUGAUUUUUAACUGAUAAUUGAAAAAACACAUCUAACUGCAUUUGCUUGUAAUUUGUACAGUGGAAGAGAAUACUUACUGGUUUGUAUCAGUUAUACCAGAGGGCUUCAACCCUUUUCUCGUUGAAUUGUAUUUAUCAAGAUAUUCUUGUGUUGAUAA